ACUUAAUCUAUUCCCCUUAUUAUUAUUUUUUUGUUUUUAUUAUAAUAUCGAAAACAUUUUCUACAAAAAUUCAAAAUAAAAAACAUGACUAUCUAAUCAUCUAUAUAUUCAAACCUUGGCCCAUUCACAUCACGAAGUCCAUCUUAACACACCUAUCAUAUAAACAUAUUCAAACCCUAAAACGCAAACACUAAGAACUCUGUUCUUGAAUUUAUUAAUGUCGUCGAGAGGAUUCACCAUUAAAGCUAGAGGAUUAUGUAAUAACAAUAACGGAGGAGGGACGGCCGGGACGAAGUGUGGACGGUGGAAUCCGACGGUGGAGCAAGUGAAGCUUCUGACGGAUCUGUUCAAGGCGGGGCUACGAACACCGAGCACGGAUCAGAUUCAGAAGAUCUCUACGGAGCUAAGUUUCUACGGUAAGAUUGAGAGCAAGAACGUGUUCUAUUGGUUCCAAAACCAUAAAGCUAGAGAGAGACAAAAGCGCCGCAGAAUCUCCACCGUGGAUUUUGACCAUCGUCAAGACACAGAUCUUUCUAGGCCUUACCGAGACAACCUACGUCGUCGUCAUCAAUCACCACCUAAAGAUAUUUUUGAAGUUUGUAACGUAGAAGAGAAAGUAAUAGAGACGUUGCAACUCUUCCCAUUAUCGAAGGUUGAGAGAGUGAGACCAAACGUUACUGCUGCGAGCCACAACGAAUACACACGAGAGCAAGCCUAUACGACGGCGUUUUCCACAUUCUCAACAUGUGGGGCUGAGAUGGAACAUCCGCCGUUGGAUCUCCAAUUAAGCUUUUUAUGAAGCGGUUUGAUGUUUAACGACUCUAGUGGAUGCGAAAAAAUAAAAGACUUGAUGUUCACAUUUAUUUAGAUCUAGGCUUGAUUUUGGCAAAUUUCCCUCGUAACAAUAUUAACCCUAAUUAUAUCGUUGUUACAAUUUAUUUU